GCUUGCGAGUGCGUAAAGUAGAUAAAAGUAUCAGUAUGCUGAAAGUAGCCGUUUUUUUGUUGUUGACAGCCGUGGGUCUGACCCAGGCUAAAACGUUCACGAGGUGUGGCUUGGUUAAGGAACUUAGGAGGCAAGGAUUCCCAGAGAGCAAAAUGACUAAUUGGGUAUGCCUUGUGGAGAACGAAAGCGGCAGACGGACAGACAUAACAAGCAAAGUGAACACCAACGGGUCCAGAGACUACGGCCUGUUCCAGAUAAAUGACAAGUACUGGUGCAGCAAAACAAGCACUCCGGGCAAAGACUGCAACGUCACAUGUCGUCAACUAUUGACCGACGACAUCACCAAGGCGAGCACUUGCGCCAAGAAGAUCUACAAGCGUCACGGGUUCUUGGCCUGGUACGGUUGGCGUAACCACUGCCAGGGCAAGCCCCUGCCUGACAUCAGCAAGUGUUGAGAAUACGUAACUAUGCAUUUAUUUUAUAGCUGUAAGGUAACCUAAAUAAAUCGGUUAUGCAAAUAAAACAUAACAUUGUAAAUGUGAAAGAAGUGCGAAAGACAGACUUUUGAAUUUCGCUUUUAUGGCUAAACCGGUGGGCUAAAUUUGAUGCAAUUUCGAAUAGAUGGUGGAUGGUUAAUUAUCCGAGGUGAAACAUAGGGUACCGCGGGCAUACCAGCUCGUAGGUUAAUAUAGACAGGCAUCUUUUGAAUUUUGGAUUGAAAAUAGACCAAAAAAGGUCACGUGCAUGAAAGUGUUACAUGAAGUAGGUACUUACAUCAAAUACUUUUAAAAAAUGCAAUUUUUCGUAAAUGAAAAGAUGAUCACCACAGUCAGAAGUUGAAUUAAGUGUUAAAUAUUUAUAUUGCAAUUAUUAUUACACUCUACUAAUAUUAACAAAAAAUGAUAUUCAAUUUAGGUGUUAAAUUACACGAAGAUUCUACCUGUUAGAUAUAGAUGAGUGUAUUCGGUAGGACUUAGCGUAAGCGAAGUGGGACCCUUAACCCACGCGUGAUCCACCGCCUACGGAAUCUUUGUGAAGGGUCUGUACCACGAAAGAAGUCCAGCAGACGGGGCGCCACUGUCGAUGAUAUCAACAAUGUGGCCAAACUGUUAUUGAUAGUACCUUAUGUUGCCACAUAACUUUUUCGUGGUACAGCCCCUAGUUAGUAUUUACCACAUAGACGUUAAAAUAUUUAAUCUGGCACUAAACCUACUUCAAAAUGGAGAGAUUAACUUUUAACUUUUAGUGUUGGUUUGUGAUGGAAAUGAUGUUAUGAAACAUCUACAUAGGUACUUCCUAAUCAAAAGUUUUCGUAAGUUCUCCUUUGUUAUAUACGUAUUGUCUGUUUAAGACUGAAUAAAAAUAUAUUUUUUA